AUGUCACAACAACCCUCUCAUCUCUCCGAUUUUCAAAAAUCUCAAAUUAAAACCAAAUGGAAUGAAGCCUUUUCAAUGGCUUGCUACAUGACGAGUUCAGAAGCAUUACAAGAUGAUCAUCAUACGUUUACCUAUCACGGAACCAAGGAAGAAAUUGAUAUUUAUUAUAAAAAGACAGACACAACGACCAUCAUUCGAGGAGAUACGAUUUGUGAACAAAUUCAACCCGAUGCGUUUUUAGAAGCCUUUGUUUCAUUGGAUUUGAAAGUGAAACAUGAAUUGGAUAGUAAUUCAAAGAGAAUUGAGGUGAUUGAGAAAUGGGAGGAUGAAGAUGGAGUUUGGAAACUCAUGUAUUAUGUCAUUAGUGCAGGAGCAUUUGUUUCUGAUAGAGACUUUAUUUACGUGACAAAAACAUUUAAAAAAGAUAAUGUUACUUACUUUGCCUCUACGAGUUGUCAUGAUCUUGUGGAAUUGCCUUCACACAUGACACCUCAAAAAGGUGCAGUGAGAGCGACCAAUGUUUUCGUGUGUAUGAGAAUGGAAGAGUUAGAAAAUGGUGAUUUGUAUGUGACUUAUGCCACUCAGGCUGAUCCAAAUGGAUGGAUUCCACAUAGUAUUGUGAAUGCAGUGAUUUAUUCGGUGCCAUUAACACUUGCCAAGAAUGCAAAAUUCCAGAAAAGGAAACUUCGAAGAGUUCCAAAUUCACCUUCUCAUCAUUAG